AUCGUACUGAAACCCCUGUUCCAGGGAAGGGGGGCAGCUGAGGUGACCUGGCUCCGCCAUCUUGUUGUACGGCUGGCCUCGGCCCCUGUGUUGGGAGGGGUGAGGGGAGUGGGGGGAAGGGCCAACCGGCCGGAGAUGGUGAUCUGCUGCGCGGCGGUGAAUUGCUCUAACCGGCAGGGGAAGGUGCAUAGAGGAGCCGUCUCCUUCCACAGAUUCCCUCUAAAGGACUCAAAACGUCUGAUCCAGUGGUUAAAAGCAGUUCAAAGGGACAACUGGACUCCCACCAAGUACUCCUUUCUCUGCAGUGAGCAUUUCACCAAAGAUAGUUUCUCCAAACGGCUGGAAGAUCAGCAUCGGCUACUCAAGCCAACAGCUGUGCCAACUAUCUUCCAGCUCACAGAGAAGAAAGACGACAACCAAGAUUAUGUCAAAAGUAGAAUUAAAAUAGCAAGCCAAAUACCUGCAAGGGAUGGAGAUCAACCAAGGGAAGGAGGCUGUGAGGUAGUUGAGAGAACCUCAUAUUCUGACCAAGACUUUAUGAUGAUGCAAGGGACUAAAGAGAUGGAGCAGGUGACUCUGCAAACUGAAAUUGGGUCAAUGUCUGAGCAAGGAGAGAAUGUCUGUGGGCAGUUGGAAGGGCCUCUGAGAAGGAUGUUAGUUGAUAAUUUAGUCACAAAGACAGGACUCCAGAAAAAGCCGGAAAGACCAUCUGUGGAUGAUUGUUCUGGAAGCACAGUCCAUACUGAGAGCUGGAUAACAGAUAGAAGUGGUAUAUCAAUUGAUGACUUCACACCUCCAGUUUCUGGGGCUUGCAAAUUUAUUGGCUCCCUCCACUCUUACAGCUUUUCCUCUAAGCACACCAGAGAGAAGCCAUCUUUCCCAAAAGAGCAACUUGAGAAGAAAAGGCCAAAGAGAGAUGUGGAACCAAGCUGCAGUAGCAACAUCAUGGGGCACAAUAAGACCUUAGCAGAAAGCUCCCCUAAUUCAUCACUUACUGCAACCCCUCAGAAACCUUCCCAGAGUUUGUCAGCAUCCCCUGCAGACCUUACCCCUCAGCCAGCAACAGAGGCUGUGGUAGGUCAGAAGGGAGAGACAGAUGCCAACCCCAUGUCAAUCAAUGAGGUCAUCAUCUCAGCCUCAGGAGCUUGCAAGCUCAUUGACUCCCUCCAUUCGUACUGUUUCUCCUCUAGGCAAAGCAAAAACGAAGUGUGCUGCUUACGGGAGCAGGUGGAGAAAAAGAAUGGAGAGCUGAAGCUGUUGAGGCAGAGAAUCAGCCGCUCUGACAGCCAAGUCAAGAAGCUGAAGGAGAAGCUGGAUGAACUAGAGAAGAUCAGUUUCCCAUACUUGAACAGUCUGCUGUCCCAGGACUGUGAGACCCCCCAGCUAAACCCUGUGAUUGAGCCUCUGUCCUGGAUGCUGGGCACCUGGCUGUCAGACCCACCGGGAGAUGGUGACUUCCCUACAAUGAAGCCCUUUCAGUACCUGGAAGAGGUGCGCAUCUCUCACGUGGGGCAGCCCAUGCUGAACUUUUCGUUUAAUGCUUUCCAUCCAGACACAAGGAAGCCAAUGCACAGAGAAUGUGGAUUCAUCCGCCUCAAACCUGACACUAACAAGGUGGCCUUCAUCAGUGCCCAGAACACAGGUCUUGUGGAGGUGGAGGAAGGGGAAGUGAACGGACAGGAGCUGUCUAUAGCUUCUCACUCUAUAGCCAGGAUCUCCUUUGCUAAGAAGCCCCAUGUGGAGCAGCAAGAAGUCCUACAGCCUAACACAGCUCACCUCACCCCUAUGAUAACAUGGAUGUUGUAUGUUACCCCGCACACAUUAUCCCUAUCACUUGUUAAACCUCAGCCGCUCACUCCCAGGCCAACAGACUUCCUCAGAUCUAUCAGACCAGGAUCCUCUUGAAGGGAGCAGCUGCCUUUGGAGCACAAUGGAAAACUCUGUGUCUGUGAGAACGUGUAUAUUUUUACAUUGUCAUUCUUACCCUCCCUCCAAAUCCACCUUUUCUAUGGCCCCCUGUUAAUCCUAGGGACUAGGACAGAGCAGGAGGGAAUUAUAGCCCACAUUGUCAGAAACAUGGAACAUACAGUUCUGCUGCGGAGGCAGCUGCCCCCUCUACUACUGGCUGCUUCCAUUCUCUGAUGGAGCUGAACUUUUCUUGGUAGAGAUAAGUAAGGUUUUUUUAAAUUAGGGCAGUAACUGUUUGUGUUAAAGAGUCGCUUUUGAAAAGUGGCAUAUGUCCAAGGUAUUUUGAAAGUGUGCAUAUGGGUGCAGUUUGGAGCUUCAGGGGACUGUGCUUCUUUAGCUAGAUGGGGAUAAAAAAUGGUGAGACUGGCAGAGCCAAAUGUCAAAUUUACAAAAGGCAUCAUUUAAAAAACCUUUCCUCUGCAAAAGAGCCUGAAUAUUUGACUCUAAAAAUUAUGGAAAAUUCCACUGUCCUCAGUAAAGAGAUUGUAUUAAAUUGGGGCCCAUUGUUAAAUCCUUAAGGAGAGAAAUAUCAGGAUUAAAUCCUGCUUUAACUACAGAUCUCAACACAGUCCUAACUCUGGAGUCACAACCAAUGCCUCCAUCAUAACAAAUGUUCCUGUUAUGUUUGGUGUCUCUGAUGCUGAACCACUCUGAGAUGAUAAUGUAAAUAAAGCCAUUAGAAGAAGGACAAAUGUUUUUCAAGCUGUUUGUUUUUAAAAGCAAGAAGGAGUUUGAUCUAAAUCUUGGAGUCUGUAGAUAUAAAUAUAUACAGCUGACAACAGCAUCUCAUUAAGAUAUAUAUCUUUUGGAAAGUAUUUUGUACAGUAUGGUCCAAAAUUGUGGAUCCAUUGGGAAACUUUUUGACUGUAACACUUUGCAUUUUCAGUUCUUCCUUUCAGUUGAAUGCACCACAUGUAAUGAAUUUUUAAAUUUGACUAGUUGAUCGCAUUAAAUGUAACCACUUGGCAGAGCUAUCAGACUGAGCUCCCUCAGUCCCUGAGACUUCAUUUCCGCUAAUCUCUGGGACUGUGUUCACCAUGAGAAGGAGCAAAGGGGGCCAAGUAACAUAAACAAAUCUUGUGGAUGACGUGCAGAAAAUCUGCACUGAAAUAAGUCAAAGGGCCAAACUGCUGAGCGUGUGGAGUCUAUGCCAAGAUACUUUCAGGCACCGCUGAUUACUCAGGGCAGUCCUGUGCACUUAUAUGUGGGGUCAUAUGAUCACUUCUAUGCAAGGCUCCAUAUAUUCCACCUCUUGCUGCAGAAUUGUGCUCCAGGAUCAAAGCUUUCAAAAUGAUGGGCCUGAUUCUCUACUCUCUUGCACCAGUUUUAUGCUGGUGUAGCUCACUGACUUGAAGGAAGCCUUUACGGUACCUUGAAGAUGUAAACCAAUACAGUGCAUCUUCCUGAGUCUGCUUACAUUCUGAAACAAUAGCUCUGAGAAAUGUAAACUGCCCUGUUCAACUCGAUGGGUUAAAUCUCUGAUCUAAGCCUGUCUUUACUAGGGAUAUUUGUGGCAGUGUAGCUACAGCAGUGCCAGGUCCCCAUAUAUAUGCUCUGCACUGAUGUGGCUUACCCCAUAUUACACCAGCGACACCACUACAAAUGAGAUGAGUGAAGUGUCAAUAUUAACUAGUUCACUGCUGAUCAUUUUAGCAGAAGAUAAUGUGUUUAAUCCCAAAGGCCCAGCUCCUCAAAGGGAUUUAGGUUUCUAAUUUAAGAUUCUAAAUAUCUCUGAGGAGCUGGGCCAGACUGCUUCCCCCUCAGCUGCCCAAACGUCCAGCUUCCCCCUGAUAAUUUCUUCAGUGCAAUUAAUCUUGGUCAACACAAAACUUUUGGACAUACUGAAAGCUGCCAGUGUGUGAAUCUGAUGUCAAAAUAACUAACCUAAGGAGCUGCUGUACUGAUUGUAUUAUUAACUCUCUUAA